GCCACCGGACACGUGAUAUCAGGAAGAUGGCCGCCCUGACAGCUGAAGACUUCGCCGCGCUUCAGAGUCUGCUGAAGGCAUCCUCAAAAGAUGUUGUCAGACAACUAUGUCAAGAGAGCUUUUCCAUUUCGGCCGUUGACUCAAAAAAUCUCUUGGAUAUUACGUGUUCCAGCUUGUCUGUGACCCAGGAGGAGGCAAAGCAAUUACUCCAGGCUCUGCAUCACCUCACUAGGCUGGUGACAUUCCGUGACCUGUCAUCCUCUGAAGCAAUCCUGGCUCUCUUUCCAGAAAAUUUCCACCAAAACCUCAAAAACCUGCUGACAAAAAUCAUCCUAGAACGUGUGUCUUCAUGGAGAACAGAAGCGCAAGCAAAUCAGAUUUCUCUGCCACGCCUUGUUGACCUGGAUUGGAGAGUGGAUAUCAAAACCUCCUCAGACAGCAUCAGUCGCAUGGCUGUUCCUACCUGCCUACUCCAGAUGAAGAUUCAGGAAGAUCCCAGUCUGUGCGGAGACAAACCCUCCAUCUCUGCUGUGACCAUGGAGCUGAGCAAAGAAACACUGGACACCAUGUUAGAUGGGCUCGGCCGCAUCCGAGACCAGCUUUCUGCUGUGGCCAAUAAAUCAUGAGACCAGCUGCAGUCUUCCUGAGGCUGACACACAGAGGCCUCCAUCUUUAAAGGCACCCAGGUGCAUCUUCAUGACUGCUGUAGCCAGAAGAAGGAAUGUGUACUACUUCUUCAGCUGUCUCCACAUAGCCAUUUGGUGAACUCAGGCUGAAACUCCUGGGCUUACCUCAUGAGUUUACUGCUGACAGUAACUCUGAGGAGUUCAUUUCAAGCCCUGGAUCACAGGAAGAAUCAGGCUGGUGGUGCCAGCAAUGUCUGCUUAUCUGUCAGAGAAGCCAGGCAAAUGCCACAGAGACUGGCCACUACUACCUGGGCCUUCAGGCCCGGCUGGACCACCUUCCUGAUCCAGAAGUUCGAAACACUGCUGAGUGAAGAUGUGGGAAUGAUCGGAAAUAAAUACGAGUCUUAUGAUUCUA